CAUUAGUAGAUAGGUAGGAAUCAAAAUAUAUCGAAUCAGUCAUCUUAAGCCAAAAAUAUCCUACCGAAUGAAGAGAUUAUUAGCGAAAUGGGAAGAUCCUAUACUUUUUAGUUUUCAUUACAAAACGAAUAAAUCAGAAAAAAAUAGAUUAUUUUGGGAAAUAAUUUUUUGGCCAAACAAAGUCGAAUUUUGUACAUGUGGCAAUUAUCCAAAUGACUUGAAAAACUCCAUAGACAUGCGCUAAUCCGUAAUAUUAGUCACUUGGCCUAAUAAGCUUUAAAGUAAGAUUAUCUAAAAGGCCCGAUAAGGGGAAAAAAAGAGGCCGGGCCCAAAACGCGAGAGCAUAGUCGAGGCCCAAUAUAACGCUAAACAAAACCCUUUCGGUCGCUCUCCCAAACCCCGCCGUCGCAUCUUCUCAUCUCUCUUCCCCAUUCCACCGGAGGAAAAUCCUUCCCCGCUUUCGCUCCAAAUCCGAUCAAAUGGCGACACUGAAGGAGAUUCUGACUCGGCGCCCCGUUGCGGCCACGAUCCGACUCACAGUCCCCGCCGGAGGAGCCCGGCCGGCGCCGCCCGUCGGUCCGGCGCUCGGGCAGUACCGAUUGAACCUGAUGGCCUUCUGCAAGGACUUCAACGCCCGGACCCAGAAGUACAAGGCGGAAACCCCGAUGUCGGUGACGAUAACCGCGUUCAAGGACAACACCUUCGAGUUCACCGUCAAGUCGCCGUCGGUCACCUGGUACCUGAAGAAGGCCGCCGGGAUCGAGUCCGGCAGCAGCCGCCCCGGCCACGUUGCGGCUUCUUCCGUCACGCUGAAGCACGUCUACGAGAUCGCCAAGGUAAAGCAGUCGGAUCCUUACUGCCAGUACAUGUCGCUCGAGUCCAUUUGCAAGUCCGUCAUCGGCACCGCCAACACCAUGGGGAUUAAAGUCGUCAAGGAGUUGGAAUGAGAAGAUGGAAAAAAUCUGGAAUCUUUGUUCUUCAAUUUUAGCAAGGAUCUGUUUCUGGGUUUCCUUUUGGGUGUGUGUUUCCGGUUGUAACCUGUUUUGGACGCACUGAAUUGAGACACGAUUAUAGGAAAUCCAUGUUUUAGGGUGACGUCUCUCUAAUAACAGACGAUUCCCCAAUUGGGUUCUUCCAAUCUAUCUAACAUGUUCCUAUCUGCUGAUGAAGCUAUUGUACUGUGUUUGCGACAUUGCUGAACAAAUCGAGCUUUCUUCGUAUUGGGUUGUUGUGCAAUGCUUAGAAGAACGAAUGAUCACAGUGUAUCUGUCUGUUGUGCAAUGCUUAGAAGAACGAAUGAUCACAGUGUAUCUGUCUGUUGUAGUCUCUGUAUAAAUUGUUGCAUCAGUUAGUCAUGUCAUGUAAAACCAAGCAGAAGUAUGGUAGAUGAUGGUCUAAUAUGUUGAUAAAUUCACAGCACCAGGAAUCGAUACUCAGAAUCAUAAGAAAUGCUGGUUCACAAACAAGCAAUUGGUGACUCUACCUUUAGCCCCUGAAAGGGCGUUGGGUUACAAUAAUUGCCUUCUCAUCCU